ACCCGGAAGAAGGAUUGGAAACAAGUUUGUUUUGAUUUUCAAUUUUACUAGUUUUUGAGAAAGAAGAGUAACAUUAAAUGAACUGCGUAGGAGACCUAACUCGUCAAAUGAAAAUGCCUAAAUUACAGUCGUUUCGUGUGUUUUUGAAUGAGCGCUUAACUGUGGCUGCUGUGGAGAUUUUUGGGGCCGUUGAGAAAACAGUACGCGAGUACCACGAGGAGAUUGAACGUUUACGGAGGCUGCUGCAGAUAACACCGGCGAUAACACUACGUAAAAUAGACUCUCAACAGUUCUCUCUCACUGUCUCUGAAGAGGAGGUUCCCCCGGAGCAACAGCACUCUGAGCAGGAGUGGAGUCCCAGUCUGGGGGAGGAGGACCCAGAGCCCAAACAGAUUAAACAGGAAAAGGAGGAACUCAGGACCAGUCAGGAGGAAGAGCAGCUUCAAGCAUUUUUUCAUACCAAAGACUCCAUAUUUUCUCCUCCCUGUGUGAAGAGUGAAUGUGAUCAGGAAGCUUGGUCCAUGACUCUCCCCCAAACCCAGACUGUGGAGAACAGAGAGAGUGACUCCAGACCAGUGGACCUCAAACCUUUUGACACUGUAACCCACCUAAAGGGCCUUGAAAUUCCCUUCACCCCUCCUAAUAAUUUAAACAAUGCCUUUAGCUAUAACUUGUCCAUAAACAGACACCCAGUUCGACCUGGCAGCAGCCCAACACUGCAUCCAAACCCAUUAACAGGAGAACAUUGUUCCAAACCGAGCACCUGUAAUCUGUUCAAUGAAAGUAUUUACACAGGAGAGAAUCCAUUAGGCUGCGCUGAUAGUGGGAGAAGUUUCAGUCUCAAGCAGCACCUUAUCGUACAUAAAUUGACUCACACAAGAGAGAAACCAUUUAGCUGUGGUGACUGUGGGAAACGCUUUAAUCGGAAGGGUAACCUAACUACUCAUAAACUGACUCACACAGGAGAGAAACCUUUUAGCUGUGAUGACUGUGGAAAAAGCUUCCGUGUCAAAAGGAAUCUAACUGUUCAUAAACUGACGCACACAGGGGAGAAACCAUUUAGCUGUGGUGACUGUGGGAAAAGGUUCAGUCAGAAGGGGAACCUAACCGCACAUAAACGGACUCACACUGGAGAAAAGCCAUUCAUCUGUGGUGAGUGUGGGAAAGGUUUCAUGAAAAAGAGGUACCUAACCACUCAUGAACUUACUCACACUGGAGUCACACAGGUCUCAAACCCUUUGACACUGUAACCCACUUGAAGGGUCUUGACAUUUCUUGUGACCCCCCCCAGAUAAUCAACACACUGUGUCCAGACACAGCUCAGCCUUACACAGUGACCUAGUAGCAUUUGACAGCAGCCCACCAGUGGAUUCCAGCACCACACCUAGAAAAACACACCGCCGCCCCUGAAUUUGGUGAAAGAUUUUCCCUCAUUCAUGAAACCUUCUCAGAAAAUAUCUCAGAUUCAAACGCGGGAGGAAACUUACGAUCAACUGCAAGUUGUUUUUCACAGAACUGUUGUACUUCUUUGAAAUGAGCAUAGAUGUCAACGCAGAUUGAUAAGUGGGAUUAAACUGUAGAAACAAGAA